UUACUUUAUUAAUCAUGUGAUUGUGAUGCUCAAUUACUCAUAUAUAUUUUGAGACAAUAAGGAUUUAUUUGUGUCCAAGGGACCUUAUUAAGCGAGAUGGCGUCUGAAGACACAAGAAAAUCAUUCGAUGCAGAUCUAUCACAUAGUGCACAAUGCAUGAAUUCAGAAUCUCAUAAGCCGGCAGAUAAUGCCGAUAAAAACAAAACAAACAAAUCUGGAAGUGAUUCUCAGGGGUCUUGCUACUGUGGCAAAGACAGGAAUCUUAACAUAGUGGAACUACUGUGCGCUUCAUGUAACAGAUGGUUUCAUGAGUCUUGUAUUGGGUAUCAGUUAGGAAAAUUGGUGCCUUUUAUGACAAAUUAUCUGUUCAUUUGUAAGAACUGCUCUCCAACUGGUCUGGAGACUUUUAAGAAGAAUCAAGCUCCAUUUCCACAAAUGUGUCUGACAGCUAUUGCAAAUUUGAAGCAGGAGAGUGCAAAAAAUGGCAGCAAUAAGACCCUUUUCAGCAAGGAUAGAGAAAUUAUUCCAUACAUAGAUCAAUACUGGGAGGCAAUGACAACUAUGCCUCGAAGAGUGACCCAGUCUUGGUAUGCUACAGUGCAAAGAGCGCUGAUCAAGGAUAUCCAGGUCCUUUUCACAUACGAGGAGGACUCAACCCACGGGCCAAUGUUUGGACUCUACAAUAUGGAGCUUACAUCUAUCAAGCCUAACUACGAAGCCAUGAUCAAGCAGGGGCAGCUGAAAGUCACUGAUAUGGGGAUUGCUACAAUACCCCUGGCAGGCAACGUAAAGGGACGUCAAGGCAAGCGCCGUCCGGCCGUCGGCGGCGCGGCCGAGGCGGGCGCCCCGGCCGGCAAGAAGGGCCGCGCCGCCGACCCCGCCAGUCUCAAGCUACCAUCCCAUGGGUAUCCUACCGAGCAUCCGUUUAAUAAGGAUGGUUAUCGGUAUAUACUGGCCGAGCCUGACCCUCACGCUCCGUUCAGACAGGAAUUUGACGAGAGCAAUGAAUGGAGCGGCAAGCCCAUCCCAGGCUGGUUGUACCGUUCGCUCUGUCCCGGCAUCGUGUUGCUCGCGUUACACGACCGCGCGCCGCAGCUGAAGAUAUCCGAGGACCGGCUCGCGGUCACCGGCGAGAAGGGCUACUGCAUGGUGCGCGCCACCCACGGUGUAUCACGAGGGGCAUGGUACUGGGAAGCCACCGUGGAGGAGAUGCCGGAAGGCGCAGCCGCCCGUCUCGGCUGGGGGCGGCGCUACGCGAACCUGCAGGCGCCGCUCGGCUACGACAAGUUCGGCUACUCGUGGCGCAGUCGCAAGGGCACCAGAUUCCAUGAGUCGCGCGGCAAACACUACAGCAACGGUUACGGCGAGGGCGACACGCUGGGUUUCCUUAUUGUGUUGCCUAAUAACCAAAAUACUAAAUACACGCCCAACACCUACAAGGAUCGGCCGCUAGUAAAAUUCAAAAGCCACCUCUACUACGAAGACAAAGACAACAUCCAAGAAUCUCUAAACAGCCUGAAGCCGCUGACCGGCUCCAAGAUCUACUUCUUUAGGAACGGCCAGUGCCAAGGGGCAGCCUUCUUGGACGUGUAUCAGGGCUGCUAUUAUCCUUCCGUCAGUUUACAUAAGAGUGGCACUGUCAGCGUCAACUUUGGGCCCAACUUCAAGCAUCCCCCGGGGAGUGAAUAUAGCUACAGACCGAUGUCGGAGAAGGCGGAGGAAGCGAUCUGCGAGCAGACCAUGGCCGACCUCCUGUACCUCACCGACAAUGAGGGCAAGCUGCGGCUCGACAACUUCAAUCUCUGAUAUACGUAGCACCGUUAAUUCGGUGUGCAUGGACUGAGUGUGAGAUACGACACAACAGUGAACUAUACGUGUAUAUUUGUAUUAUAUUUAUUCAUGUAGUCUUCUCAACCUAUGCAGCAUGAUCGCGCUUAAGGCCGCGGACUGGACGCACGGUGGACUCUAUUACAAGGUACACUAUGUUUGCACGAGCGUGCGACCAGUGCCCUGUUUAUCAAAAGCUUGUAACUUGUAAUACAAUUGGAAGUCCCUUUUUGGCAGCUUUUGUUAGAAAAGGGCUUCCACUUGUAUUGCAAGUUACAAGCUUUUGAUAAACAGGGCACAGUUCGCGGCCUAACUGACUUAACCGAAACAAGGCCGAGAAUUCAAACCUCCUUGUCUGUUGAAACAUCAAAGUUGCGAUGAUUCUGGUUAAAAAAAAUACAAAAAAGAAGAGCCAAAGUUAUGAUCCAACCUUCGGAAGUGUUGCUAACGACCUUCGGAAGUUUGGAGAAUUUUAUUAAAUAAUAUUUGUCUUAUACUGAGGCUUUUGUUCCUGGUCCUUUUGGAUCAUUAACCAGAUCAUGCUAGAGGUGCAGUGAUUCAAUGUGAAGUGUAAAAUUAUAAUAUUACAUGAAUUACCAGUAAUAAUUAUUCUAUUCAGACAAACUAUACUGAAUAAUAUGUAAAAAAUUGGCUAAGGUCAUAAAUGAUACAUCUGAAUCUGAUAAUGACUGUUUAAAAUAACUGAAAUCUGUAUUGGUCUUAUGAAUAUUAGUAAUAAUGUUGUAACUCCUAUAACAAUGUGUACUCAAAUAUGAAUACAAAUGGAAUAUACAUUUUAGGUAUGUAUCAUAUAUUAUGUAUUCCCUAAUAUGAUGAAUUUCAUAAUUUUAAUUUGUAUUGGUAACUAUAGUCUAGUAAAUUGUCACAUAUAAUAUAAUAUAGUUACCAUUAAAUCAACUAUGUAUAUACCUACUUAAUUCCAGAACAGAAUAUUGACCUUACAAAACAUAAUAAUGUUUUAAAAUUAAAACAGAAUGCUUUGUCUGGUCAAAAUAAAAUAUUCAUGUACUCUGGCUGUCUAUCACCAGUAAAAAGGCGGUAAAUUUAAAAUAUGUUGAUCACUCUUAGAAAUGUUUAAUAUUGUAACUUUAAUCAUAUGAUUAAACAUUACACAUAAUGUAUAGUGAGUGAAAUUAUGAGUAUUAUAUUUCCUAUAGCAACAAUG